CGGGUGUCUUGUUUAUGUUUUUUGUCAUUAUAUAUACAAAAUGCGUCUCUGGUUGUCAGGUUGUUUCUUCAUAGACGCCUUAUUUUCGCAACAGAUGCAGUGUUCCAGUAGAUAUAAAUAUUAUUUUCAUCGAAAGAGUGUAAUAUCAUGACCGAAGAUUACAUUCUGUCCCAUCCUUUGCGGACGCCAUUAGCAUAUGAUCCACGUUUCAAAGUUGAUAUACAGUUGGAUGAACCAUUGUGGAAAGUUCUUUUAUCUCCAAGUGAUGUUGCUAUUGAAGUUUUGACACUCUGCUCACAACUUGAGCCUUUGUGUAAAAGAAAGUAUACUACUAAAAGUGGAAAGAUCACCAACAGUCAUAAGAAUGAAUUUCAAAACUCGUUUGAACCGAAAGCACGUGUUGUUCUUCGAAAGAUGGAAGAGUAUCUGCAGUUUUUGCCAAGUCCGCAACCUACCUUAGAGGAGUAUCUACAAUACAGUGGUUUAGCCGAGCUUUUCCCAAGAGUAAUGUCUUAUAUUGAUAGCCCCGAACGACCAAUAUUUUUUGCCCAGGAGUAUCUUCUUGAAGAACAUUUCAGUACCUUUGGGUUGUUGAACCAACUAGUUACAUUAUCCCAUCAGUUGAAUUACGAUGCGUUUAAUCGCUCCAACCACAAGUACAUGGCUCAUCAAUUGGCGUUGCUUUAUCAAUCGAUCAACCUGCUUGGGUGCCAAGAACUAUUAGCCCAAAAGAAAGAGGUGGAAGGUCAUUUUAAAACUUUCAAAUCAAAACUUGUAGUGAAAGACAAAAAGAGUAUUCCGAAACUUCCAGAUGAUGAAAAGGAAUGGUAG